AUGGAUCUAAAGACAGCAGUGUUCAACGCAGCUCGUGAUGGCAAGCUGUGUCUCCUUUCCAAGUUACUGGCAAGCAAAACCAGAGAAGAGGUGGCCUUACUAAUGUCAGAAAAAACCAACAGUGCCACACCACUUUUGAUAGCUGCUCGUUAUGGGCACAUUGACAUGGUGGAAUACUUGUUGGAUUAUUGCUCUGCUUCUAUAGAGAUUGGUGGUUCAGUUAAUUUUGAUGGUGAGAUCAUUGAAGGCGCUCCACCAUUAUGGGCAGCAUCAGCUGCUGGACACUUGAAGGUGGUUCAGUGUCUGUUGGAUCAUGGUGCAUCUGUCAACAACACAACUCUAACAAAUUCAACUCCGCUUAGAGCAGCCUGUUUUGAUGGUCACUUGGAAAUAGUAAAAUACCUUGUGAAGCACAAAGCAGACUUGGAAGUAUCAAACCGUCAUGGGCAUACAUGCUUGAUGAUCUCAUGUUACAAAGGCCACAAAGAAAUUGCUCAGUAUUUACUUGAAAAAGGAGCUGAUGUUAACAGAAAAAGUGUUAAGGGAAACACUGCAUUACAUGACUGUGCAGAAUCUGGAAAUUUAGAGAUCAUGAAGAUGCUUCUCAAGUAUUGUGCGAAGAUGGAAAAGGAUGGCUAUGGAAUGACUCCUCUUCUGUCAGCCAGUGUGACAGGCCACACAAAUAUUGUGGACUUCCUGACCCAACAUGAACAGACUAGUAAGAUAGAAUGUAUAAAUGCUCUGGAACUUCUAGGAGCAACAUUUGUGGACAAAAAGAGAGAUCUGCUUGGUGCUUUGAAAUACUGGAAGCGAGCUAUGGAAAUGAGAUACAAUGAUAGGAUUAGUAUCCUGAACAGACCUGUACCACAAACACUAAUUAUGGCCUAUGAUUAUGCUAAAGAAGUAAACAGCUUAGAAGAGCUAGAAAAUCUUAUUGCAGAUCCUGAUGAGAUGAGAAUGCAAGCACUAUUAAUUGGAGAACAUAUUCUUGGUCCUUCUCACCCAGAUACAUCCUACUAUAUUAGGUACAGAGGUGCUGUCUAUGCAGACUCUGGAAACUUUAAACGAUGCAUCAACUUAUGGAAAUAUGCUUUGGACAUGCAGCAGAGCAAUCUAGAUCCACUGAGCCCUAUGACAGCCAGCAGUUUGCUAUCAUUUGCUGAACUCUUCUCCUUCAUGCUGCAGGACAAGGCAAAAGGCCUGCUAGGCGCUACUGUCACAUUUGAUGAUCUAAUGGGUAUACUAUGCAAAAGUGUUCUCGAAAUAGAGCGGGCUGUGAAACAAAUCCAGUGUCCUCACGAUCCAAUACAGCUAAACAAAGCACUUUCGAUCAUUUUGCAUUUAAUUUGCUUGUUGGGAAAAGCACCAGAACAGGAGCAUUUUAAGAAACAGACUAUAUAUAAGUUUCUUAAGCUUCAGCCUAGAGGGAAGAAUAACUUCAGUCCACUUCACCUUGCUGUUGACAAGAAUACUACAUGUGUGGGUCGCUACCCAGUUUGUAAAUUCCCCUCUCUACAAGUUACUGUUAUCUUGGUGGAAUGUGGUGCUAAUAUAAAUGUAGACUCUGAUAACAACAGUCCUUUACAUAUUGCUGCACUGAACAACCAUCCAGGCAUCAUGAAUUUUCUUAUCCAGUCAGGUUCACACUUUGAUGCCACAAACUUGCAUAAACAAACUGCUAGUGAUCUACUGGAUGAGAAAAAAAGCAAAAACUUAAUCCAUCCUAUAAAUCAUACUACAUUGCAGUGUCUUGCUGCUCGUGUUAUAGUGAAUCAUAACAUAUGCUAUGCAGGGCACAUCCCUGAAAAGCUAGAGAAAUUUGUUUUGCUUCAUAGAUAG